UCACCCACCCAACAAUCCUUUAAUUCACUUGGACGAGUAUUACUGCUUCCCCACUUAAGUUGUACGGGAGAAGAUUUACUUGGUGUCAACCAAAUGGCAAUGCAAUGAGUAGACUCGACAGAUUCCUGCUAUCAGAAGAUUGGCUACUAAAAUGAAAAGACAUGAAACAAUGGGGCUUGAAAAGAGACAUCUUAGACCAUUGCCCUGUUCUGUUGAAAAAUGAGGUGAAGAAUUGGGGCCCCAAACCAUUCCGCUUAUUCAAUGCUUGGCUCCAACAUCUUGAAUUCAAGCCUAAGGUUGCUGAAUUAUGGAAGACAACUCACAUUCAGGGUUGGGGUGGCUACAUCUUGAAACAAAAAUUGAAAGAAACCAAAUCCUUCUUGAAAUGCUGGAGUAAAGAGAAAUUUGGUGAGUUGGACAAGAAGAUCAAGAAUUGUAAAGAAACCAUUGCUACCUUAGAUGACAAAGGGGAAGUUUUUACACUUUCAAAUGAUGAAUUGGAGACACGGAGGCAAGGCACCAUGGAUCUUUGGAGAAUCUUGCAGGAUAAGGAAAGCAUGCUAAAACAGAAAUCCAGGAUGUUGAGGAUUACAACAAGGGUGGCAGAGCAUUUUGAGCUUAUGUUCAAAGAAGAUGAAUGGAGGAGACCACGGUUGGAUGGUAUUGAGUUUAACAGGUUAUCAACAGAGCAGAAUGCCACAUUAAUCUCACAGUUUACAGAGGAGGAAAUAAAAAAAACAAUAUGGGCUUGCAACAACUCAAAAGCCCCAGGUCCUGAUGGUUUCACUUUUGGCUUUUUGAAGACUAUGUGGGAGGAUGUGCGGAAGGAAAUCUGUGAUUUUGUGGUUGAUUUUCAAAGAAAUGAGAAGCUAGUAAGGGGCUCAAAUGCCUCUUUUAUUGUCCUCAUCCCAAAAAAGGAAAAUCCUAUCAGAAUUGAAGACUACCGACCGAUCUCCUUAAUCGGGUACUACAUGAUGUCUCGCAUGGGGUUUUGUGAUAUUUGGAGAAAAUGGAUAAAGGAAUGCCUCAGCUCUAGUACAGUUUCAGUUUUGGUUAAUGGAAGUGCCACAAAGGAGUUCAAAGUUAGCAAAGGUCUUCGUCAAGGGGAUCCCCUAUCCCCCUUCCUUUUUCUCUUUGUUGCCGAAGGUCUAAACGGCAUUAUCAAUUCAGUUGUUUCAAAAAGCCUAUUUAAUGGAGUUCAGGAGGGGUCUAGCAACAUCACCAUUUCACAUCUACAAUUUGCCGAUGACACCAUCUUAUUUGGUGAAGCAAAUGAGCAAAACAUCAAAGCAGCCAAAAGCAUAAUGAGGACCUUCGAACUGGCUUCAGGGCUUAAGAUCAACUACAACAAAAGUACUUCGAUCGGAAUCAAUGUGGAUACAAAAGAGAUAAAUCAUUUUGCAUGCUUUCUACAUUGCAAGCCUGGAAAACUCCCUCUGCUGUACUUGGGCAUGCCAGUUGGCGCAUCUUUGAGGAAAAAGAGCACAUGGUCAACACAAGUGGCAAAUUUUGAAAGAAAAUUGACUGGUUGGAAUAACAGAUUUCUAUCUAUUGGUGGUAGGAUUGUUUGCAUUAAUUCUGUGCUUUCUAGUCCUCCCGUGUUCCUAAUGUCUGCUUACUUGAUUCCUAUGGGUGUGAUUAAGAAGAUUGACUCAAUUAGGCGGGCUUUUCUAUGGGGUGGUUGUGAGCUACCAAAAAAAAUAGCCUGGGUUGGGUGGGAGAAAAUUUGCAAAAACAAAAAGGAUGGGAGGUUAGGCAUUAAGGACCUUAGGAGAUUUAAUUUAGCUCUACUAGGGAAAUGGUGGAGUAGACUUACAGAUGAGAGUGUGGGGUUAUGGAAAAAAAUCCUGAGUGCAAAAUACAAUAGGGAGGGACACAAUUGGAGCAGCUGGAUGAGGGAAGGCAGUAAGGGAGGGUCAUAGUGGUGGAGAGACAUUGGUGGUAUAAAUCAAGUGUUAUUUG